CCACAGACCAGCACUGUCUGUAGCUCUGAUCAACCACAACACAAUGGGGCUGUAAUGUCAGCGGCGGGCGAGAGACGAGCAUCUUCCCGAGACUACCGAGCCUGUUUAUGGAUUUAAUGAUGAUGAAAAAGAAGAAAUUCAAGUUCAGGGUGGAUUUUGAGCUGGACGAGCUGUCGUCGGUCCCCUUUGUCAACGGUGUCCUCUUCUGUAAAGUCAGGCUGCUGGACGGCGGCUUCUCCGAGGAGUCUUCUCGGGAGCCGGUGCAGGCCAACUGCGUCCGAUGGAGGAAGCGGUUUUCUUUCCCCUGCAAGAUGAGCGCCAACGCGGGGACGGGUGUGCUGGACCCCUGCGUGUGUCGAGUUUCAGUCCGAAAGGAGCUGAAGGGAGGAAAGGCAUACGCGAAGCUUGGCUUUGCGGAUCUGAAUUUAGCAGAGUUUGCCGGCUCAGGGAAUACAACCCGCAGAUGUCUGCUGGAGGGCUACGAUACCAAAAAUACUCGCCAGGAUAACUCCAUCCUCAAGGUCAUCAUCAGUACACAGCUCAUGUCAGGGGAUCCCUGUUUUAAAACGCCUCCCUCCACCGCCACGGUGAUCGGGAUCCAGGGGGACGGAGAGAGUCUGCUGGAGGAGAGGAAGGGAGGGGACUCGCAGAAAGGCUGCUCUGAGAGUCGAGAAGGGAAGUGUCCCGUUGUGUCAGACGAGCUAGGAGGCUGCGGCCAUUCCCGAACGUCCAGCUACGCCAGCCAACAGUCCAAACUCUCAGGCUACAGCACAGGUCACUCCCGCUCCUCCAGCAUGUCAGAGUUCAGCCACCGGAGGAAUCACUCAGUGGGCAGCGCUUCGACGGGCAUCGGAAGUAUCCCGGAGCCCAGCGAGGACCGAGAGUCUAGACCCUGUCCAGCUCUGCCCGAACAUCCACCCACAGCCGCAUCUAGCAACCCACAGGGGACACCAGUGCGGAGCGCCUCAUCCUGUGAACGACUCAACAGACACCCGGUGAAACAGGACUCCAUGGAGUCUCAGCUAAAGAGGAUGGACGACACCAGGGUGGAUGCUGACGAUGUGGUGGAGAAGAUUCUCCAGAGUCAGGACUUCACGCCCAGCCUGCUGGACUCCAGUGCCGAAGAGGAAGGCUUGCGUCUGUUUGUUGGUCCUGGGGGAAGCACAGCUCUUGGAAGCCAUCACCUUCCCACCAGGGUUGGUGCUGGUGCGUACGAGCAGGUGGUGAUUAAGCGUUAGACAUGCAGCCUGCAGAAAGACUGACACUGAUUAUGUUCGUUAAAAAGAAAAGAAAAAAAAAAAUGGAAAUGAGGCCGUUUCCAUUUCUAUCUUCAUUCCAACCUGAUCAGCGCCGUGUGUGAGCUGAUCAGUGAAUACGUCAACAUUACAACAGUGCCCUCCUGUGGUCGUAUGUGCUACAUGACACAGUAGUUUCUGGAGCAAGAAGUGGACAGAUAUCAUCUCAGUGUAAAUGUAAACCGCUGUGAAUCAAAAGAAAAGGAAAAGGCUAAUCAGAUUAUCUUGUUUAUCACCCAGCACUCGACACAUUUUAAACUUGGGAAACGGAAAGUAAACGAUUCACCUUUCUCCUCCAGAGAACAGGAGGAUAAGCUGUGUGUGUGGGCCACACAAAAUAGAAUGAAAUCUACACCUUAAACACACAUCGUGUGUUUUCUAUACAUUCCUUUUGUCUCUGUUCAUUUUGAACGUCCUUUUCAAACAGGACGCUCUAUUUAAUAUUUGCCUAUAAGCUGCUGAAAGGCUGUUGGGACUGAUGACUGAUGGUGGGGCGAAGGUGAGAGUAUCUUCCAUCAGACUUGAGCUAUUAGACGUGUGAAUGUGGACUGUGUGUGAGUGUAUGUGGUUGUCAUGUGGUAAGACCACUUUUAUUAGCAGUAACUAAUCCUGGAUAGUUGAGUGGAGGGAGAUAAAUGUAACGUUUGUACUUGAGAAAUGGAAAAAGGGAAACAUGACAAUUUGCUGACAAGUAAUCAUAGGGGACCUUAUCUGUUUGGCAGUCUGUGCAUCUAUCUGUCCUUCAAAAGCAAAAUGAAGUAGCAAUAGGUUUGGUUAAAACGCCGAUUUAUGGAAAUGUGCUUUGCCAUAUAAUCAAACAUUAGGCUGCAGGACAACUACACUUUGUUGGGAGUUUGAAACUAAUCGAAACCAGAGUAGCGACAGAUGCAGCCAACUAGACGUGAAACCAAAUCAGCUGCAUCAUGUAAAACCUAGCUUUUAGGGAAAUAGCUGCAGCUAGCUUGAACUGAAACUAAAGCUAAAUUUACUCCGAGACUUUUUGAAGGUACAGUAGCAAACAGCAACCUUUUUUCUGUUAUUACUGCUUUCGGCAUCUACAGGGACCCUAUUACAGUUAAACAUUACAGCAAUCGAUAGCAAGAGACAUAAUUUGUGCUCCUUUUUGAAUUGUGACGUGACGUAAAUCAUCAGGGUCACCAUUUGUUGUAAAACUACAGAAUGAUUAUCUAAGUAUCUAUUGUGCAGACCAACGUGGCAGGAUCAAAAAAUUACUUCUCUCUUGCUAUUAAUUACUGUUCAUAUAUUUUAAGAAUAUAUUAUAGUUGGAUAGUGGUCCACUUGAAGGGGCGGGGCUUUUCCUCUCUGUAGGGACUUCUAUGAUGACUUAUUUCCACUGUUUUAGAUGCAUACCUCUACUUUGCAACUGUGAGCUGCCCUGUUGAUCGGGGAACUUGCAUCAGUGAAUAAAUGAAUGAUCCUGUGAAAGUAUCAACAAUUUGACUCUUGUGCAACUGAGGCAUAUUGAAGGACUAGUUAAGUAAUCCACUGCCAUGAUAAAAAAUACUCAACAGAACCCGUAUUUAAAAGUAAAUCCGUGUGCAUCUCCUGGCUUCAAAUCAACAGUUAGAAAUGAGGACGGUCUCUCAGUGACACUUAAAGCUACAGCAAAAAAAAAAAAAAAAAAAAAAUCUAAUAAAUCUCCAUGUAGUUAUGCAUGUAGACCUAGCCUCUUAGGAGUUUAAGUGCACAAUUUAUUGGAACAAAUUAGCCAAAGUACACAACACACUGAUAUUACCUGGGAGCCUGUCGGGCCUAUGCAUAAUGAGAAUAUUAAGACGCAUUAUAACUAGUGAUAACAGACUGUACAGCAUCUGUAAUCUUCUGUCUCCUGUUCGUAAGCCAUAGCAGAGGGAGGUUAAACGCCUCUUCUAGAUAAACUAUAUUCAUCUUACGUCACUAACUGCACAAGUGUCAUCAGCGUGUGGUGUUUUAAGUAAACGUCAGUGUUCUGUUUUUAUGUUUGUAUGUUCUGCAUGAUUGUGGUGUCCUCCUUUCAGCUAAAAAUAAAAAAAAAAACUAAAUAAAAAAUAUGAUUAUUGCUGAGCCUGCCACAUCUUAAUGUUUGUCCUAAUUUGAAAUUGUGCCAUCUUUUUGAUCCAUUUCCACAAUGAAGGAACAACUUUGCUUGCCUAUUUAGUAAGUGGGGAUUCAUUUAGUUGUCAUGAUGAAAUCAGCUAUCUGCACAAGCAUUACAUACAGUGUAACUGUAAAUUAUUGUUCUCAUUUUGUUUGUUUUUUUUAUUUUCGCCAUGGUUUAGAUAUUGAAAAUCACAUUUAUAUAUCAUAUAUUAUUGUUUCUCUCUUUUUUUUAUCUUUCAUUGCUGAUAUUGUACCAUAUUUUUGCUAAAUAUUUUAAUGUUAAAGUUCACUACACCAUUAAAAAAUAGUGCUAAAUGUAUGAUUUAUGGCUACCAAAUAUCUAAUUAGUGUUUUGUCAUUUGUUUUUUGUUGUUUUUUUUUUUUUUGUCAGGAGUUGAAUAAAACUCACUUGUUUUACCUGUGUGACACAGGUGUGUUCAUCUCGGUACCUAACAUGUUGUUACAAACAUGGUUGCUUCUUCUCUUCUGUGAAGCUGUUGUCUAUAUAAAACUGUAAACUGUAUUCUCCUGUAAAGUGAUGUUCUGCGCUGUUCUGACACUGUCCAGUGUUUCCUGUUACAAACUUGUUCUUUCAGCCAACAUCUGCUUCCUUAACAAGUGUACUGGAUGCUUCAAAUGUCUACCUUGCACUGUUGAAUUAAACAGUUUAAAAAUG